UCCAUCAGUCAUUUUUUUGGUUCAUUCAUCCGUUAUUGAUCUCAGUCAUGCAAGCGCUGAGAGCUGAGGAUUGGUCCUACCGAGGCGAAGGCGCCGCGAACAUUGUCGUUUCGUUUACCGGCGAUCAAGCGAGCAAUCCAGAGCUCGAGGGCAAAGUGCUGCGAAUCCGCAAGUCGCCGGUCGUUGCGCCGUCCGAGCCGAGGCAGACAUUCUCGACAGAGCAAAACUACGCCUACUUGACGAGGCUGAUUGCGCCGCUGCUGGGCGACGAGUACGUCAACGCAGGCCAGCUCGUGCCGUUGGCGGCGACCUUCCUGCAAGACCUCGACCAGCGCAUCGCCGCCGAGCGCCCAGCCAAGCGUGUGCAGGCAGCCAGGCUCGACUGUGCAGGCAGCGCUGCUCAGCUGCUGCGCGACGUGGGUCGCCCGUUCAUCCAGUCGCACGACCAAUCCGACACGUUCUGCGUCGAAAUCAAGCCAAAAUGGGGCUUUCUGCCUACCUCGUCGUUCAUCCACCCAAGCAACGCUACUGCAAAGCUCAGCAAGUGUCGCUACUGCAUGCACCAAUGGCUGAAAGUGUCGAACGGGAGCAUUGAUCGUCGCUCGCGGUACUGUCCGCUGGAUUUGUUUUCCGGCACUCGGCAUCGCGUCGAGCGGGCGCUGCAUUCGCUCGUUGAUGUGCCGCAAAACAAUGUGCGGGUGUUUCGAAACGGACGAGCUAUUCUCACUGGAGACAAGGCUCCACCCGCCGACUCAAACUCAAGGGCCUACAUUGCCGAGUUGGAUCGCCAUCUGGUCGAUCUUGUGCCUGCCGCCGCAGAUGAUUCGGACGCACAGCCGCCGCACGUUCAAACAUUUGUCUCGCUGCUUGCCGAGAUUCUGCUGCAAGAGCCACUUCUUCAGCGAUUACAAGCUGCCCAGCGCCUCGAUCACCUCGACAUCGAAGGGUUGAAAGGGUUGUAUGAUUCGGUGAUUGAACGCCAUCCCGUCGGCCAAGAUCACUGGCUCUGGGACGGCCGGUUUGAUGCGCCUGAGUGGAGUCGCGUUGUGCAGCAAGCUCUUGCUCGCUCGAGCACAGCGCCUUCACUGUCCGUGCAUGAUGUAGCUGCUCUCUCACUGGAUGAGAAGGCUGCAAUCAUCGCCGAGUACCUUCUGGCAGCGACCGUCAAAGAUUGUUCCAUCAUGGUUUCGGUUCAACGGUUGAGCACGCCAUCGGAAGAUCCAGCGACGCAUUUCAAGCACAUCACACACUCUGGCACCCGUUUCCGGUAUCACGUCGCCGUUGUAGACUUGGAUCCAAAGCUCUUCCGCAACAUUCCCAAGUACCACCGCGACGAUGGCGAAAUUGUCCAGCACUACAUGGAUCAUGCAGACGACUCGACGUGCUACUGUUCCGGCCCUGCGCAGCCUGCUCAAUGACCGUUGGUUGUUUGCUUUUUGUUGUAACUUUUUGUGUUGUUUCCACUUGUCCCCUCCAAUUCCAUUGAGACAACUGCCUACUGUAC